CGUCACCUCUCAGUGCGAACUUUUAAACCAACCGCCGUGACGUCAUCCGGCGCGCGCGGCACGUGACCGCUGCUUCCUUCCUAUCUCCCUCCUCCUCCUCAUCCUCCGUUCCAUUCAACUGAGGCCUCUUGUGCUGUUAAAACUCGCAACGACCAUGGCCGUGAGCCCAGCGGUGUCAUUCCUGCUGUCGUCGCUGCUGUCCCUGCUGCUGUUUGCCGGCAUGCAAAUGUACAGCCGGCAGCUGGCGGGGGGCGAGUGGCUCACCAUCUUCGGAGGAUUCCUGGGAUCCGUGCUCUUCCUCUUCUCCCUCACCGCUUUCAACAACCUGGAGAGCAUCAUCUUUGGCAAGGGAUUCCAAGCCAGGAUAUUUCCAGAGAUUGCGCUGUGCCUCCUGCUAUCCAUGUUUGCCUCUGGGCUCAUCCACAGGGUGUGCGUCACCACGUGCUUCAUAUUCUCCCUGGUGGCUCUCUACUACCUGAAUAAGAUCUCGUCGACCGUAUACCAGUCGGUGCCUACCGCGCAAACGGUCGUCAAGCCAGUGAAGAGCAAGAAGAAGUAGAGCUGCCGAGGGCUGGGGAGGGGGGAGACGCGACGCCGACCAGACUUCGUCAACCAAAUGUUAGCGGAGAACCAGUGUGACAACAACAAUAACAGCUGCUCCACACACGUUCCUCUGUGUGGUCUUAUCCGCGUGGGUGCAUGCAAUUGUGAGCGAGCGAGCGUGCGUGUGCGUGCGUGUGUGUGUCGGGAGUGGGCGUCUUUGUUAUGGUAAUCACCUUUUCAUAUUACAGCACUCGAGGAUGCGGUUGGGUCGGUCGCCGCCACGUGCCUGGCUGCCUUUUCUCCCUCGCCCGUGCCGCUGUUGACCACACCGCCGCCGUCCCCCCCCCCCCCACCUCUCCCGAGGUUGUCAUUUCAGGCCGAGUCACCGAUCACUGCAGGGGAAAUUCGCCAACCACCGCUACCGCUCUUCCCGCGAACACACUUGCCCCUUGCACUCUAUAAGGUCAAACUUGGUGGGGUGGGGGGGGGGGGUAUCGGGGGGAGGGGGCUCUGGUGGUUAGCGGACUGCGCUGCAGUCGCCAGCAAUCUGCCGUACAUUUUCCGGGGCUUUGUGCGUUGGCUCUCUAAAGCAGCGUGUGGCAUCCCCUGCCAGUGAGCAGUCGUGUCGACUAAACGAAACAAAAAAACUACUGCGUAGGCCAAGAUGCGAACUACUGUGAUCGCAACGUCGUCCACGGCCUGACAAAGCAAUGCAGCAAGAAUGCAGUCUCGCGACCGGUUUCGACCUUCUGGGUCUCAUCGACAGCGUAAGGGUUCUCGCCCGGGUAAUCGGUUGUGAGAUUGAUGAUAAAGACGCUGGUCGCUCUGCAAAGGGCGUUUUCGUAGUUUUUGUGGGCAGAACUGAUCCGCAUGAGCAAAACCCCAUGUCUAGCUGCGGCAGCUGGUUUACAUUGUACUCCUUCAUUCCCAGACAUCCGUACACUUUCCGUAUUGCGGUUUUGGCUGCGUGUUAAAGUGGACUCGCUCAGCUCUCGGAGGCUGGUUAGCUGAUUGGGCGCUCUUUUGUGGACGGCGGGCGUACUUUGGGGUUUUCUCCUUGAUUUUGUGCAGCCCUCGGUUCACAGCGGCCUUGUGUUAUCUAACACGCUGACCAUCUCACUGCCACACGUUGUUAUCGGUCACUGCUGUGGGUCAGCCUUCAGGUCAAUUCAUCCUAACGUGAGUGUCUGGUGUUGGUAUUGUAGACGAAGGCCAGUGUGGCGGGUGAGCGAGACAGACAGCGACAGCCUGGCUUGCGUUUCGUUCGUUAGUGUGCCGAGCCGAGCCAGCCCUAUUAGGUGUCCACCAAACAACUGCAGCCCCAACGUCCUUUGUACAACUUAACGGGGAAGUCUGUUUGUGUGUGUGUAUGUGUGCGCCCAUACGCGUGUGUGCCCACAUUAGUCUGUGUCAUAACGUGGAAGAACAUAUACGUGUGAGUUUUGGCAGCCAACUUAUUAACAGGAACAACACCUUAAUAAAAUGUGAUUUGUUAAA